AUGGUAAUAAAAAAAUCAGAAGAAGAGAUGUCGUUUUCGCAGUUUGGAUAUCCAUACGGCGGCAACUCUCAGUUUUUGGUUUCUACAAAUGCCAGCUCAACGUGUUACGAAUCUGCAGCCAGAUCUCUGCCUGAGAUCCCCACUGCCCCUGCACAAACCCCGGCUCUCUGCUGUCCUUCCUAUGAGAACAGGCUGCUGGUCGGCACCAGGACAGAACUCAAUGCGGCUCUGGGGGUAUAUAACCCCACGUAUGCUACAGCCACUCAAAGCUAUGCAAGUUACCUCCCCUACUCCACUGACCCAGCAACCCUAUACCCCACUUUGACCCCUCAAUACGACAUGAAGGAUGGCACCAACUCUUUGCACCCAGGAUUAGCCCAGCCUGCCGCAUACUAUCCAUACGAUCACACUUUUGGACAGUACCAGCACGACAGGUUUGGAGCGGUGGAUUUCACGGGCUCUGCCAGGCGGAAAAAUGCAACCAGGGAAACCACAAGUACUCUGAAAACAUGGCUUUAUGAGCAUAGGAAGAACCCCUACCCUACCAAAGGCGAGAAGAUCAUGCUGGCCAUUAUCACAAAAAUGACACUCACCCAAGUUUCGACGUGGUUUGCCAAUGCAAGGAGGAGGCUUAAAAAAGAGAAUAAGAUGACCUGGUCCCCAAAAAACAAAGUUGGAGAUGAAGUUAAAGAAGACAACCAAGAGGGGGAUGAAUACAAUUUAGGAGAAGAUCCAGAUAAGGUCUAUAAACACGAGAAGGAUUUUAGAUUAAGUGACUUGGAAGAUCUUGAAGAGUCUUCAUGUCAUGAAAUGGGGAAUGGACCAGACAUUGAGCGUGGUGUCCCUCACAGGAUCAUCUCUAACUCCUGUGUAUCAGAUAGCAGCGAGUGCAGCGUGACACCACCUGUUAAUUCUCUAACAUUUGCACCUAACAAAGACAAUGCGGGAGACAUUUUGGGACUUAUGGUUGAUAAAUCUAGUGUUCGCACGCACAGCGAGUCCACCUAUGAGAUAACGGAAAAACCCAAAAUCUGGUCGUUAGCUCAUACAGCAGGUGCCAGCAUUACGGUGGGUUCUGAUAUGAGUUCUAAGAGCUCGGUCAGUCCAGAUUGUUUCUUUGUUAGAAGAAGACACUCUACUCAUAGCCUCUGCAGUGAGGUGAGGGCCAUCCACAGUAUAAAGACUCACACAGAAAGUUCUACUGAAGAUUUGUCUCAGCCAACCAAGAUAUUUAGAACUUCAACAUUCAACCUGCAAUCAUUCCAGCUCAGCUGCUCCUAUCCCGGAGAGACAUGUGAAUAUUCUUCUGGAGAAGAAGGUAUCUGCUUUGCCUUAAUCCUCUAA